AAAUGAGGAAGUUACUUAUAGAGAAAGGGUUGAUUUUUUAAUUGAAGACCUGAUUUUUUAUUUUUGCUUUUUAUAAUCAUUAUUGUAGUUCAAGAUUUGGCAAUAUAUUUCAAAUGGCUUCCUCCUCGUCAUUUUCUUCCUCAACACCAAGUUGGAAAUAUGAUGUCUUUCUUAGUUUUAGAGGUGAAGAAACUCGUAAUACUUUUACGGAUCAUCUAUAUGAUGCUUUGAAAAAGAAGGGCAUUAUCACCUUUAGAGAUGAGGAAAAACUUGAGACAGGAAAAUCUAUUUUAUCGGAGCUCUUUAAAGCAAUAGAAGAUUCGACAAUUGCAUUGGUCAUUCUCUCAAAAAACUAUGCAUCUUCUACAUGGUGCUUGGAUGAACUUGGAAAGAUUGUUGACUGCAUGAAAGAAAAGGGAAUGACAGUUCUGCCAGUUUUUUACGAUGUGGAUCCAUCUGAUGUACGAAAACAAUUAAAAACUUUUGAAAAAGCUUUUGUUGCACAUGAAGAAAGAUUUAAGGAAAAUAUGGAGAAGGUUGAAAUGUGGAAAAAUGCUUUGACAGAAGUGGCCAAUCUUAAAGGGUGGCAUUUAUUGAAUAGGCCUGAGUCAAAAAUCAUCCAAAACAUUGUGGAAGACAUAUGGCAUAAAUUGAGUUAUGCAUUCUCUGAAUGUAAUGAAGGCAAAGUUGGAAUAAUUUCUCGAGGAGAGAAAUUGGUGUCACUUUUGUCUAUAGGGUCAAAUGAUGUUCGCAUUAUAGGGCUUUGGGGGAUGGGCGGAAUUGGUAAAACAACUCUUGCUAGAGUUGUUUUUCGCAUGGUUUCUGAGAAGUUUGAAAGAAGUUGUUUUCUCUCCAAUGUUAAGGAAGAAUAUGAAAAAAGUGGUUUAGUUCCACUCCAACAUCUACUUAUUCUUAAACUUUUGAAUGAAAGUAUGAAUAUACACGAUGUUGAUGAAGGAGUUUUCAUAAUCAAGAAUAGGUUACGUCAUAAAAGAAUUCUUCUCAUUCUUGAUGAUGUAAAUCAAUUAGAGCAAUUAGACAACUUAGCUGGGAAUCAUAUUUGGUUUGGUUUAGGUAGCAGAAUAAUCAUAACAACAAGGGAUAAACAUUUACUACAAUUAGCAGAUGACAUAUAUGAUGUUGAGGGAUUGGAUGAUGGUGAAGCUCUUAAUCUUUUGAGUUUGAAAGCUUUUAAAACAGAUCAUCCUCCCAAAGAUUUUCUAGAGUUGUCCAAAGAUGUUGUGCAUUAUGCCAAAGGACUUCCUUUAGCUAUUGAAACUUUGGGUUCCUUUUUGUUCAAUAGAGGUGUCGAUAUAUGGAAAAGUACAUUAAAUAGGCUUAAAGAAUUUCCAGAAAGUGCAAUUCUUCAAAAGCUUAAAAUAGGUUAUGAUGCACUACAAGAAACAGAGCAAAAAAUAUUCCUAUAUAUUGCAUGUUUUUUUAAUCAUGAGGAAAAAGAUAGUGUAGUAAAAACACUAGAUCAUCUUGGCCUUUACCCUGAUGUUGGAUUAAGGGUUCUUGUUGAUAAAUCUCUCAUAAAAAUGAAUGACUCGGAAGUGUGUAUGCAUGAUUUACUACAAGAAAUGUGCCAAGAAAUAGUUCGUGAAGAAUGCCGCGAAGAUCCUGGAAAGCGUAGCAUGCUAUGGUCAUUUGAGGACGUUAAUAUUGUACUAAGUAACAAUAUGGGAACAGAAGCAAUUCAAGGCAUGGCCUUAAAGUUGCUUGAAUUGAAAGAGGCAAAUUGGAAUCCUGAAUCCUUUUCAAAGAUGCGUCAUCUUAAAUUGCUUAUAAUUGAUAACGUUCACCUUUUACAUGAUCCCAAACAUCUACCAAAUAGUUUAAGAGUUUUUAUUUGGAGUGGGUACCCUUCAAAAUCUUUGCCAUCAAGUCUCCAUCUAAAGACUUUUGAGAGAUUGAAAUCCCUCCAAUUGAUCAAGUUUCAAAAAAUUAUUGAAACCCCCGACUUUCACAAAGUCCCUAUUCUUGAGAAAUUGGUUCUUGAAGAUUGUUUAAAUUUACCUAGGGUGCACCCAUCUAUUGGAGUUCAUAAAAAGUUAAUUCAUCUUUGUAUAAAAGGCUGUAGAAACCUCAGAAGUCUUCCAACCAAGCUUGAAAUGGAGUCUCUUGAGACUCUUAUUCUUUCUGGAUGCUCAAAAAUUAAAAAGAUUCCAGAAUUUGGAGAAAACAUGCGGCGUGUAUUGAAACUUUACUUAGAUGGAAUUGCUAUUACUAAACUACCCACAUCAAUUGGGCAUUUGACCAGCCUUUCUUUAUUGAAUAUAAAAGAUUGCAAAAGUCUCACGUGUCUACCAAGCACACUUUUUAAUUUGAAGUUGCUUAAAGAAAUGAAUAUUUCUGGAUGCUCAAAACUUGAGGGAUGGCCUGAGAUAUUGGGGAAUGCUGAAAGUGUAAAGGAGUUAGAUGUGUGUGGAACUGCUGUAAAAGAGGUGCCUUCUUCCAAUGGUCUCUUAAAAAAUCUUAUGCUAUCUCUCCGUGGAUGUAAAUCUAGAUCUUGGUAUGAUUUCCUCCCUUUUUAUUCAAGGCCAAAAAGUCCAAAUCCCGUGGGAUUGUUCUCUCUAUCAGGUUUGUGUUCUUUGACCAACUUGAAUCUAAGCGACUGCAAUCUCAGGGCAAUCCCAGAUGAUAUUGGUUGCUUAUUCUCUUUAGAGGAAAUAGUUCUAAAAGGAAAUAGUUUUGUUUGCCUUCCUGAUAGCAUCAGUCAACUAUGUAAGUUGAGAGGAAUGGAUUUGGAUAAUUGCAGGAGUCUUCGAUCAUUGCCAAAACUUCCAUUAAGUGUUGUACAUGUUUGGGGAGAAGGUUGUGCCUCACUGGAAAUGGUACCAGAUCUUCUAAAACCUAAUUCUUUUUGUGAGGCAGAGCUUUAUCUUUCAAAUUGCAGUAAACUGGCUGACAAUCAAGGUUUCAUUGACAUGUUUUUUACAGUGAUAAGAAAACAACUUCAGGGACUCUCUCUUUUCGGUAGAGUUGACAAGCCUAAUUACAAUUGGAGAUAUGACAUGGUUAUUCCUGGAAGUGUAAUUCCGAACUGGUUUAGGUAUCAAAGUAUGGGGGCUGAAGUGAAUAUAAAAGAACCUUCUUCUCAUUUUUGUUCUAAUGACUGGAUGGGGAUUGCUGUUUGUGUUGUAUUUUUUUCUAUUCCACAUCACCAAAACAAGGGCUACUAUUCACUGUUCUGUCGGUUGAUAGUGAAUGGAAAUAAAUUGAAUGUUGCUCCAAGCAUUAGUCGAGCAGUUAGUUCAUCAGAUAAUAUUUGGCUACUUUAUUUGCUUAAUCAAUACUGCAAGGAGUCAAAGGAGGACCUAAAACUACUGAAGGAAUGUGAAGCAAAUGAAUUCAGUGAGAUUGGCAUUAAAAUUGAAACCAUUCUAAAUGCGAAGGUGAAGAAAUGCGGGUUCCGUAUGGUAUACAAGAAAGACAUAGAAGAUCUAAACGAAACUAUGUCUCAAAGUAGCAACCCCAUCAUCAUUCCUUAUGAGGACUUGGGUGUUCUCCAUCAUAAUUCUGACAGUUCAAUGGUGGUAGGAGAAGGUAACAUAGCAAAGCGAACCCGUGACGAUUAUGAUUGCGCUAGGCCUAGUGGAGAAGGAAGCUCUAAUGAUAUGCCAAAUCCAAAAAGGAUUGAAAAGCUCCAAGAAUUUAAAACCCAUGGUAACUCUGAUUGUGCAGAGUCAAGUGAGUAGGAAUGUGAUGAGGAGUUUAGUGAUUGAAGAAUUCAAAUACUCUUGCUCAGGCUGGAGAAGGCAAGCAACUGUGUAGACAAGGUUGAAAAAUGAGGAUGGUAGCCUGCUUGGAUUGGUAAGCCCUCUUGUUCUACUUGCCAUCAUUGUUGUAUUACAUCUUGAAUUUAAGUUUUCUCACAUUCUUCCCAUUGGGUUUGUUAU